UGCUCAGGCUGCCGCACGCACAUCUCCUGUAUCCCCCCCCCCCCCCCCCCCCCCGCGCCGCCGCCACUGCCGCUCCGGUUAUUCUUCGUCGGGACUCCUCGUUCCUGCCGUGAUCCACCUCGUCCGCAACCUUUGGCCAUCGGGUUUUGAGGAUGUCCAACUCCAACGUCACAGUGUGUGUGCGAUUCAGGCCGCUGAGCCACAAAGAGAGGAAGGCCAAUGACAAGGUCUGCUUCAAGAAGUUGGACUCCGAGUCUUUUGUUUUCAAGGAUGAGCGGGAUGAAGAUGUCAUAUUCAGCUUUGACAAGGUGUUCUAUGAUGAUGCGGAACAGUCUGAUGUGUACAAUUUCCUUGCAGUUCCCAUUGUUGCAGAUGCUGUCAAUGGAAUAAAUGGGACCAUAAUUUCUUAUGGUCAGACUGGAGCUGGAAAAACAUAUAGCAUGGAGGGGCCAAGCAUCUUGCAUUGCAAUGAGCUGAAAACUGGACUGGUUCAGCGUGUUGUAAAUGAUCUUUUUGAAUGUUUAAGAACAUCAGAAGACAUUACUACAUGGACUGUGAAAUUGUCAAUGGUGGAGAUAUAUUUGGAAAAAGUAAGGGACCUUCUUGACUUGUCCAAGGACAACCUACAAAUCAAGGAGAGUAAAAGCCAAGGGAUUUUUAUUUAUGGAGCAACAGAGAUAUCGAUUAUGAAUAGUUCAGAUGCCUUGGAGCGUCUUUCUGAAGGAAUUGCCAACAGAGCUGUUGGAGAAACACAAAUGAACCUGGCCAGCAGUAGAAGUCACUGCGUGUACAUUUUCUCCGUGCAGCAUGGAUCCACUGCAGAUGAUAAGGUAAGGGCCGGGAAGAUUGUUCUUGUUGACUUGGCUGGUUCAGAGAAAGUUGAGAAAACUGGUGCUGAAGGGCGAGUUCUUGAUGAGGCGAAAACAAUCAACAAGUCACUCUCAGCUCUUGGAAAUGUUAUUAAUGCCCUAACUACUGCUAAACCGAAUCAUGUCCCUUACCGUGACUCGAAGCUUACACGCAUACUUCAAGAUGCACUGGGUGGCAGCUCAAGAGCUGCAUUGCUAUGCUGCUGUUCUCCUAGUUCGUCGAACGCACCAGAAAGUCUGUCUACCAUUCGCUUUGGAACCAGGACGAAGCUCAUAAAGACUCUACCCAAACUGAUUCCCAAUGAAGUGGACAGCGUCAAGAAGCCCACCUGCUAUUCUCAUGAUCAAGAUGAUCUGUGUGGCAGAGCACCAAGCAAGGCUGGUAGCAGCCAGUCUGAGGUGUCCGAUCCGAGCCUUGAUUCUUACGAUCAUGAUGAUUUGCGUGACAGGAUACUGAGCAAGCUAAGGUUGAGUCUGAAGGAGGAGGACGUGGAUCUGCUGGAGGAGCUGUUUGUGCAGGAAGGUAUCAUCUUCGACCCCGACGCAGCGAUGCCGGACAUCGACCUGGCGUUCCAAGACGUCGCGAGCCGGCAGAUUGUGUCGCUCGUGCAAACAGUGGAGGAGCUCACAGAAACUGUGCAAGAGCUCACUGACGAGAACGAGAAGUUGAGGCAUCAGCUCGAGUUCGCGCAGGAGAUCGCCGCCCGCGCCCAGUGCGCCACCGCGGACCGGAGCCGUGGUGCCCUCUUUGGUUUCGUGCCGGCGGCCGUCCUCCGCCCCUUUGGGUUCGUUCCAGACUGAUGGCUCGAACAGACAGCCGGCGUCAUGUAGAUUCCGCAAAUAUUUUGCUGCCAUAAACAUCACAGCAACGUUAAUCCUGAGUGCCUUGAGGAUCAUGUAGUGACACCUUAUGACAGAUUCUUUUUUUUUGCCAGAAUAUGGCAGAUUCUUGCGGAAAUCAGUUUUGGCUCUAGGGAGCACAUGCUCCUGCGUGCCAAAAAUGGAUUUUACAAAUGUCAAAGAAAAAAAAAGAUGUGUUCAUUGUCACACCC